GGCUUUGGAAGCCUUCGGCCCCUGGGGUCUUCACAGGCCCCGGGGAGGGCCGAGGCCCACCAUGCCCAUCCUGCUGCUGCUUGCUGUCGCCACGCUCCUCUCCAGCUGGGCCCAGCUGCCCGCCGAAGCCAGCACCUGGUGGUCACUAGCCAUGAACCCGGUGCAAAGACCCGAGAUGUUCAUCAUCGGGGCCCAGCCUGUUUGCAGCCAGCUGCCUGGGCUCUCUCCGGGCCAGAGGAAACUGUGUCAAUUGUACCAGGAGCACAUGGCCUACAUCGGAGAAGGGGCCAAGACUGGCAUCAAGGAGUGCCAGUACCAAUUCCGGCAGAGGCGGUGGAACUGCAGCACAGUGGACAACACAUCUGUUUUCGGGAGAGUCAUGCAGAUAGGCUCUCGCGAGACGGCCUCUCACCUACGCGGUGAGCGCAGCGGCGUGGUCAACGCCAUCAGCCGGGCCUGCCAGCGCUAAGGGGAGCUCACCUGCGGAUGCAGCCGGGCGGCCAGGCCCAAGGACCUGCCCCGGGACUGGCUGUGGGGCGGCUGCGGGGACAACGUGGACUACGGCUACCGCUUCGCCAGGGAGUACGUGGACGCCCGGGAGCGGGAGAAGAACUUCGCCCAGGGGCUCGGAGGAGCAGGGCGGGUGCUCAUGAACUUGCAGAACAACGAGGCGGGGAGGAGGGCCGUGCUCAAGACGGCAGAUGUUGCCUGCAAGUGCCACGGCGUGCGGUCGGGGUCCUGCAGCCUCAAAACCUGUUGGCUCCAGCUGGCCGAGUUCCGCAGAGUGGAUGGCGACCAGCUGAAGGAGAAGUAUGACAGUGCCGCGGCCAUGCGUGUCAACCGCAAGGGCAAGCUGGAGAGCUGGUCAACAGCCUCAUCUCAACCAGCCCCACACGAGGAGGACCUGGUCUACGUGGACCCCAGCCCAGACUACCUGCGCUGCGCCAACGAGACCACCGGCUCCCUGGGCACUCGAGGCGCCCUGUGCAACAAGACCUCGGAGGGCAUGGACGGCUGCGAGCUCAUGUGCUGCGGCCUGGGCUAUGACCAGUUCAGGAGCACGCAGGUGGAGCGCUGCCAGUGCAAGUUCCACUGGUGCUGCUACGUCAAGUGCAAGAAAUGCUCCCACUCGGUGGAGCAGUAUGUCUGCAAGUAGCCAGCAGCCUGCCUGUGUCCACACCCACUGCGCAAAGUUUAUAUUAUAUAAAGCUCUAUAAAUCUAUUUUAUAUUUGUAUGAAUGGAUGGAUGGAGGAGGACUCAUUAAAAGGAGAAAAGUGGGAAAGGAAAA